AUCAAAAUCAGGCGGAGAGAGGCAGAGAAUGAGCUUGAGAGCGUGAAAGAAAGAUAGGCAAGCGGUAUCGAUGGCAAACAUCAGUGCCGAACCUGAAAUGGGAUUUUUUGUUGUUGGUCGUACCAAUGGCAACCAUACAGUAUAAAUACUUGAAUUGACAAUAUUUUUUGUUUGCCAUGGCUCUGGCAAUGCUCCUUAUCACAAUGUGUCCAUAUGGACCCAAAACUCGGUUCAAUUUCAAUUGAAUUGUGUGUACGGUGUGUAUGCGGUUCGGGAUUAAACACACCCAAUGUGCUGUGUGUGUCGCACACUCAUUCAUGCCAGUCGUUCUACUGUGCGGUGCGUGUUUGUUUUCAAAAAUAGAAGCGGUCCAUGUGUAUGAGAGGCGAUGACGUAUUAUCCGUUUGAAUGUGCAAACCGUUUAUGAGCGUGUCGAAUACUUAUCGGUUGUUCGGCCAUUGAUACAUAGCUUCGACUCGUUCAACGCCGAAUGGGAAUCGUUUGUUCAAAGUCGAACGAACUAACCCAUCAUGCCGAUUGUUCGGUGCUCUGAUUUAUUUACUACUACAAGUGCGUGACACAUCGUCAGCCAUAGCAGUUUCUCUCUCUUUCUCUCGCUCGCUCUUCAUUCACUCACAACAAUAUCAGCGCCAAUAUACUCAAUACACACUGUGUAUAUCGUACGCUCUGUGGUAAGAGUGUUGUGUUCACGUGAACUCGACUCGAGCAUACACAAUAAAAGACAGCGCACCGUACAGUGCUCCACAACUGCUGUUGGCCGCCGUUCUGUGGGCGAUAUCAUACACAUAGGAAAGAAAGAAGAAGAAAAAACUGCGUUCGAUGAUGUUGACUGUUCAGCUGUACAGUGUGAACACCGAACACUGUGUUCGGUUGUGCUUUCAGCAUAUAUACAACGACAUGGCAAAUAUUUCCAUUUAAUGUGUCAGAUUUAUUUUUAUUGUUGUGUAUAUAUUCACAUCAUAGUCGUCGUGGUCGUCGUCAUUGUCGCUUACAUUUAUUUCAUAUAUCCGUUCACAUUUAGUACUCCGCACAUCGUUGUCUAAGACAGUUAAAAGUCGUUAUUAAACGAGCUCUGUAGCUAUUUUAGUCAGAUUUUUUUUACUAGUAAAUUCCAAAUCGAAAGACCGAGACCGAUUAUUUGCUACAAUUGAUUUUCAAUUGGUGGAAUAAAUUUUUUGUCGCAUACAUAACUAGAACGACAAUUUCACGGUGAAAACAGCUGUUUUGUCGUGUGUGUUUUUUUUUUAUUUAUCAUCAUCAUCAUUUUGAAUCGGGAGAGCAAUCCAUUCAUAAGAACGCAGCAGGCGAUAUAGUACGAAUAGAGAGAAAAAGAGAGCGAGAGAGUAAGAGAGUAAGAGAGAAAGACAGGAAUAUAAACAUCGUCAGCGAUAAAACAGUGCAACGAGAUAAUAAAGAGUAAAAGUAACGUAAUCAACACAUCAUCAGAGCAGAAAGGAAGAAAAUCCAAUCGGAAAAACCCAACAACCGCAUACAAUACACACUUGAGUUCCUCAAACUGUCACACAAAAGUCAAAUUGAUUUGAUUUUUCGUCUCAGCAAUUUUUCGAUCAGUUUGAGUUUGACAAUAUAUCGAUGAUAUAUUUGUGUAAUUCUUUUUCGUAGACGUCGACGUCGUCGUUAUCAUUGUUGCUGUCAUCAUUAUCAUCAUCAACAACAACAACAUCAUCGCCAUUCAAUCAAGCUUUGAAUUUCAUCGAAUUCAAAUCGAAAAUCGAUGUGUAUUUUGCCAUAGACCGACAGAGCAGCUAUUUCGCUAGUGGUGGCCGCAUAUGGUUUAGUAACUUCUCCUAUUAUAACUGUUACUUAUCAGUCACAUUGGCUACAGCAUACAAAUAGACGCGCACACAGGAACUUAAAAAAAAAUUGUGUUUCGUUUCGUUCGUUCGUUCAUUCGGUUCAUUCAUUUGUUUGGUUCGCUUGUCUGUCUCGGGCGGCUCGCCGUAGUAUAUAUUCGGUUAUUAAUUUGUUGUUCUCGCUCUUCGCUACACGGUGUGUGUCAUUCGGUUGAAUAUCGCUCUCGUGCGCGCAUUCGCUCGAUAACAUUUGUGUAUGCAUUACAUUUAUAAAUUACAAUCGCAUCGCACUCUACUGGGCUAUAAGAACCAAAAUAACUGCACUUAGCGCUUUGCAAAUGGAAACAACUCAAUAAUUGCCGAUCUUAAUCAACAACAAUUCAAUCCAAUUCUCCUCCGUCGUGAGUGCUUGUGAUAGUGUAUGUGUGUGUGUGUAUCUGUCUACAGAGCCAACAGUCGCAAUCAGUUUACUUCAAGAUAAUCAAGUGAAAACUUCGCAAUCACACACGCUAUUGUUAAAUCGACGUUUUGUUUUUCUUUUUACCGAAGCUGACGAAAGAGAAAAAAAACAACAGCACACAAACUAAUUCCAGUAGUGAAAGAAAUGAAUUUGUGCAAAUCGACGAAGCAGAUAAAAUUAAUUAAGCCACCGAUUUGAAUAAGAAGAAGAAGAAGAAGAAGAAAAUCAGACAAAACAAAAUAAAAAUAAAAACAAAAGUGAUUUUUUAUUUGUUCAUGCAAAUACGUAUAAAUCUAAGCGCAUUUCUAGUAGAAGAAUCCAAGUACCCGCAGUUACCGGUGUGACGUACAAAACGACACACACACAAAAAAGAAACAAAAACAAAAUAAACACGACCUAAUGUAAAAAGUUAUUCAAAAACCAAAUAAACCGAAUCUGUGUCAUUCAAUCGAAAAGACUGGAACAUUUUCUAAAAAUAAACGCCAAAUUUAUGUGACAGUCAGUUAAAAUAGUCAAUUCAACGGCCCAUUGUGUAAAUUGAUUUUCACAUCGAUCCAAAAUAAAGUGGUAAUAAAAGUGCGUAAUAUAUCAGAUAAUUUACCCAUAACACACAUUGAAGUGUGUGCAUUUCAUCGUGUUCGCUUUUUUAUUUGGCUGUCAUCGUCUCUUCAAUUAUCGACGUUGAUUUGAAUGUGAAUCGAAAAAAAACAGCAAAUUAGAAGCAAGCACCAUCAAACUUAUUGAUUUUUGACAACACACAUUUGUGAACACGACACAUAAAUAAUAUGUUUAAAUUUUUUGUGAAUUCAUCAACGAAAUACAUAAUAAAAUAACUGUGAUCGUCGUACAGUGACAUUCAGGACCAAAUAGCAUUGGGUGCGUUUGAGAUAGAGAACGAGAUAGAGAAUAAAGCAAACAAUUCAUCCGAUUUGUCUGUUGCGGAAGAGCAUUUGAAUUGAACGCGCGAUACAUAUUGAUACCAUAUUUCAAAUCGUCGUCACAGACAUUGCGACUACGUAAACGAAGUGCUGGUUGUUUUGCAAACGAAGAAAUUGGCCGAGCGAGUGAAACAGUGUUUUUCUCUUUUUUUACUUGAACACUUUUAGUAAAUUUAAUGUGUAAGCCACAAGUGUUUUAUUACAAAAAUUGUGUUGUGUUAUUUUAUCGAAAACCUCGUUACACACAUUACUGUUCCGUUUGGAAUAUCUUAUUGGGUACAGUCUAUCAAACGUGCAAAAUUUGAAGUAUUCGCAAUUUGGUGCGCUUCACACUUAGCAACGAAAAAUCAUAUUUUUCGUUUUCAUUUGUAAUUUUUCGUUCCAUUUGAUUAAAAACAAAAAUUAACGAAGAGAAUAAAAAUAAAGAAAGGAAGGAAGAGGUGAGAGAGAGAGAGAGAGAGAGAGAGAGAACAAACGAGCGAGAGAGGAAGAGAGCCGAGCAAGAGGUCGAUAGAGACGGAAAGGAGGAAAGUGUUAGCGGCGAGUGAAAGAUACGGAGAGAAAAUUGAGGGAAAAAAAACACACACACACAUAAAUCGGUUGUUGUUGCUAUUUUGUGCAUGUGGGUGAGUGAGAAGAGGACGGAAUCAUAGAAUAAACAAAAAGUUUCACAAGGCAAACUACAGCUACGGUCGCAUCACCGGUGUACACACAUCGCUCGCAAAUCGAAGAAAGUCGUCGUCAAGAGCGAAUUCGACAUUUCAGAAGAAAAAGAAAGAGAUAUAAUUCCAGCUGCACAACCAAUUACGUGCGAACAAUUUUUUUGGACCAAUUUUGCUGCCAUAUUGAACUGAGUGUGUUUUUUUCGGGAGGUGUAUACUUCGUUCAUCAAUCUCUUAUUCAUACCAGGCAACCAUUCAAUUCGACUCGUCGUUAACAAUACGAAAUUUCGUCGUUCGAAAAUCGAAGCAGCAAUCGCAUUGCGGAAAGUUCAACAUCUUAUUUAUCGAAUCGCAUGGUAUCGGUAGCAGCAAAGGCAGCCCCAACAACAAAAUCCACCAGCAGCAGCAACAGCAGCAAACACACAACAGGACAUCAUAAACAGUAGAAAAUCUAGAAUUCAAACGUGUCUAGUUUGCUGUUCUGUUACGCCAUCAAAACAUCUAACCGAGAGAAGCGAGACCUUCAGCGACUUGUUGCGUCAAUUGCUCACCCAAUACACAUAUCGCUCUAGAUAGCAGUAGCAGCAGUAGCAACAGCAGCACAGCUAUUCUUUUGUUAGCUUCCACUCGUCUUGUGUGCGCUCCUCAUUGCCGCCGCAUUCACAUUGUACUCUGUGUGUGAACAUCGAACAUUCAACAUUCCGUUUCAUCGCGUACCGAAGCGAGAGGCACAGCAGAGAGGCAUUCGAUAUCCCAACGAAAGCGAUUUUCAGUUGCUUUGGCAGGCAUCUUUAGCAGCGGCAGCUACAGUAUCAGCAGCCAUGGAGCCAAUUUGGGAACAGAACAAUCAUAUAGCGCAUCAAGUCAAGUACGAGAGUGAUGCCGCUUUGCCUGGAUUUUCGUACUGCGGAGACAAUGGUUUGAAUUUCUCCACAAAUAGCGCCAAUUACAGCGAAGAUGAUGCCGACUUUGCACCGGGUAGACGAAAUAAACCGUCCCGUCAAGAUCCACUGUCGCAUCGUAUCAUUGAAAAGCGACGACGUGAUCGUAUGAACUCUUGUUUGGCAGAUUUGUCACGUUUGAUUCCGCCGCAAUUUCAACGCAAGGGUCGCGGCCGUAUCGAAAAAACGGAAAUCAUCGAAAUGUCGAUACGUUACAUGAAACAGCUGCAGAAUCAGGAGUGUUUGCACAAAGAAAACGUCUAUCGAAUGGGCUACGACGAAUGUCUACAGCAAGCGGCCAAUUUCUUGUACAACACACAUCGCGAUAUCUGCUUCCAACUAAUGGACCAUUUAAAGGAGCAUUCCAAUGAUUUCAUGAAAGCUGACUUUUGCAAACAAAACAACAAUGCUGAUUCGGUGAGUGCAUCGAGCGGCAGCCCACCGACAAAUGUGUAUCACAAUGCAGCUCCAAUGAAUCAAUUACGAAACAUGCUAUUGACCGAUAUGGAGCACAGCAACAGCAAUGAUCACAACGAUGUUAAGGAUCUGAGCUUCCGCUCAAAUCAACCGCAACAGGCGGCCGUUAUAACGUCGACCGCACCGCCAAUUGUGCAUUUGGACACGAGUAAUCAUGAUUUUGAUUCGUCACGUGCAUCAUCCGUACACGCUGAUACGGAAAUAUCGAAUGAAAAAACCGAUAGUACAACGCAAUCGGUUCGUGUACGCAAAUUGUCUGAAUCAUCGCAUCCGGAUCAUGAGCAUCAUAAUAAUUAUAAAUUCAAGAAUUAUAUCCAACAGCGAUUUUCACAGGACAACAAUAGCCAUCAUGACGGUGAACAUCAUCAUGGUGAUCAUCAUGGUGAUCAUCAUCACAGUGGCGAUGAUACGACGGCAAUUAAUUUGGUACACGAAAAUGGGCAAACAAUCAAUGAAAAAAAUGGCGCAUUGGACGAAACGUCGGCUGGGCCGCAUGCCAAAAAAGCCAAAUUCUAUGAUUUUGCCAACGAGUGCAGUAGCUGUGACGAAACAAAACCAACCACCAACGGUAUUACCGAAUUCAAAUCCGAACCGCUAACCAAUGGCUAUCAAAUGUUCCCGAAACCAAAUAAUAAUGCCACCAACAAUACAACGGCCCGUUUUCCACACAAUCCAGUUCCAAUAUUUGCAUUACAUUCGCAGGGCCGACAUUAUGUGCCACUCAGUGUUGAUUAUGAAACGCUCGUACCGUACUUAGAUGGUUUCGAUUUAAUAGGAAAAAAUUGCGCGCAGAUGCCGCCGUGCCAUUCAGUCACCAUUUCAGUUAACUUUACACCACCAACGACGCGACCCAAACUGACGAAUGCCGUGUGCAACAGUGGUCGCUCGAAAGGUGAUAGUUUAGUAUGCAAUGGGUGGUAAAGAUAAAUGGCAAAAAAAAGAAGAAAAAAAAACAAAGAGAAAAAAAAAUUUAUCAAAAUUAUUAUUAAACAAAAGAACGUAUUCUAUCAAAUUAAAAAGAAAAGGAAAAAAAUUUAUUGAAGAAAAAAAAAACAGCUAUUUUAUGAAUCCAAAUUAUCAAAAUUAUCGGAAAAAAAGUUUGUUGUGUCAUGGAACAGGGAUAUGCAGUAUUCCAGCUAAAAAAAAAUCACAAUGUUAACUCGCUGAACUCAGUUGUAUCACAUCAUUUAAUGCAAACUAUGUCCGUUUGUACGACAUAUUUAAUCGACAUUCAUUGAGUUGGAAUACAUGCUUUUCAGUUAGGAGCAGCUCCCAUCAUUCACAACAAUCUAAUGAAAAUUGAUGCUCAAAAAAACCCGUUACACACAUUUCAUACUUUAAGAUCCUCAAUUUCGGCGAGUAAAUUAAAAGGUUUUAUAGAAAAAAAGAAGAAGUAGCAGAAAAAGAUAACCACACAAUGUAAACGAACUCUAUAGCAAUUAUUAUGUCAAUGAGAGUAGGUGGAUGCACAAAUUACUAAAGAGAAGAAAAAAAGAAACAAGUAAACAAUAAUAAUGAUAUGAUGAUGAAAGAAAAAAUAGAGAAACAAUUCUACCAUUUAAUUAUUUAAUAAAAUCGACUGAUAAACGAUCUACGAGGAAAAGGGAAUUGAUGAUAUGAACAGAGCGCGAAUCAGUAGAAAAGAAGUAAAAAAAAAAUUAGUAAUUUUUGAUACGAAAUUUAAUGAGAUACAGAGGAAAUAAAGUUGUAGAAAAAAAAGAAGAAGAAAUAUCGAGCGGAUAGUUUGUUAGACCAAUAUUUUCAUAAUAAAUGGCAACAAAAUGAAAAAAAAAACACAUACACACGCAGGAAACAAAAAAAAAAAUUGAUAUAAGCCAUAUUUUUUUCUCGAUCACACAGAUUCGUUGUUUUUGUGCAAUUUUUCUUUGUUUCUUUCGCCAAGACCACUUUGAGUUUAGUUUCAUUGCCCAUCAUUUUGCAAAUAGCUUGAAUUUUUUUUUUCGUUUCAUUUCGGUAGGCAAAUCGAGUAUAUACUUUUUCUUUCGUUCCAAUCAUUUUCAAGUCUUGCAUAACAACUUCAUUUUUUUUUAUAUAUUCGUAAUGGUGUACCAAUUAUAAAAUAAGUGAUUUGUAAAUGAAUACUUAGACUGAUGCUGCCAUAAGAACUGAAUGUUUUCAUUUAAUUAUCAAUAUUUUUUUUUUCGUUUGAUUUUCUCAUUGUUAACAGAAAAUUUGAAGGAAAAAAGAAUAUUGCGAUUGACAGACGUGUUUGUAUUGCUGCAGCAAUACUUUACUUUCCUUUCCUCCUCAAAACAAUGUAUUCUAUAUAAACGUUGAAAUGUAAAUAAAAUAUGUAAGUGUAAAACCAACAAAAAAAAAACAAA